AUGCCCGGCGAGGCCGAACCACCUGAUCCACGCAGUUCGCCACCCCCAUUCGCAAUCUUGGACCCACCUAAUUCGAAGAUUGCCGAUUCCUUCCCAUCUCCCCGCCUUCAGGAGAAGUCCGCCCCCGAUUCCGCUUCGCCGACCGUCGCGGAGAGUUCGGUCUCGCAGCCGCGCGCGCCUGCACCUGCGAUCGCAUCGACUUGGGUUCAGCCGGUUCAAACGACCCUCGCUACAAACCGAGGAAGAAGAUCUACUUCAUCUUCAUUGCAACAAGCACCUCGACAUAAAUCCAGCCCUUCAUCAGGUACCAUUCGAUCCAGCACUUGGUUCCAAGAUGACUUUGGGAUUGGGAUCGACUUGCCCACCCGACCCAGACCGAGUUCAUUAAGGAAUGGGACGGCACGAUCGGCCAUUAGUAGUCCGGCAGGCAAGGAACGUCGUUCUUCGGGGGCGAAGUACGCUUCGACGCUCUCGAGGUUAACGAGGAGUGGGGAAUGGACGAUUGGGACGUGUGACUUAGGGACGACGACGAAGGAGUACAAGGUCGAUUUGUCAAUGGCGACGUUGAGGCAAGGAUGCGACGGGUUUGCGAGCUCGGCUCUUGAAGAAAGCACUGCGGACGGUCAAGGAAGAACUGUCAACGACCUCUCCAAUCCGUUGAUCUCCACUUCGAGCCCCCAUCAGCUCAGACCAUCAUCAAAAAAUACGGACAACGCCGAUCUCCCAAGCAUCACUCUUACUGCACGUCGACAUCGUCGUUAUCUGAAAUGGGUUUUUAUCGUCAUCGGCAUCAUCGUGGCUGUCGCGUUACUUUCGACCGCGCUCGUGUGCGGUCUGCUACGAAGGCCGAGAGCGGUGGUCGUUGGCGCGCAGAUAGAUUCGACGAGGCUGGCUUAA